AUGGGUGACUGUCUCCACUUGGCUGUGAUUCUAGCUCGAGUUGGCUCACAUGGCCCCUCUAACCCCAAGCCCCAUGAUCAUGCCCCUCACUUGCCUGUUACAGUUUUGCUAGUUUGCAAAGUGAAGUAUGGGCCUUCAGCAUGCUACUUUGAAGAAUCCGUUUCACAGCUUUCCAUUUCAUCCACAGAGGUCCCAGGCCCUGAGCCUAGCCAGCAAAAGCAAGUGGUCUUUGGCUGCAGGGACACCAUGGAGCUGAUCUGCUCUCUGCCUGGAGAUGCCUGCACAGGCUGCACUGUCUGGUCUAAGGAUGGCACAGAGCUGGUAGCUUCCCACCGCAUCCUGGUGGGGCACCAGAGGUUACAAGUGCUGAACGUCUCCCAUGAUGAUGCCGGGGUCUACAUGUGCCAGCAGCAGCUCACUCAGGAUGUCCUGUGCUACUUCACUGUGCAUGUGACAAAUGCUCCAUCCUCAGGAGAUGAUGAAGAUGGUGAGAGCGUGGCUGAAGACACAGCACUUCUGCCAUCAGGGCCCCCUUACUGGACUCGGCCAGACCAUAUGGUUAUGAAACUGCUGGCUGUGCCAGCCACCAGCACUGUGUGCUUCCAUUGUGCAGCUGCUGACAACCCUACCCCCUCCAUCUCCUGGCUGAAGAAUGGCAAGGAAUUACGAGGGGAGCAACACAUGGGGGGCAUCAAGCUUAGGCACCAGCAUUGGAGCCUGGUCAUGGAGAGUGUGGUGCCUUCUGAUAGCGGCUAUUACACCUGCGUGGUUCAGAACAAGUUUGGUAGCAUCCAGCAGACUUACACACUGGAUGUACUGGAGCACUUCCCACAUUGGCCCAUUUUGCAUGCUGGGCUGCCAGAAAACCAGACAGCCACUCUAGGAAGUGAUGUAGAGUUCCACUGCAAGGUGUACAGUGAUGCUCAACCACACAUCCAGUGGCUGAAGCAUGUUGAGGUGAAUGGCAGCAAGACAGGCCCGGAUGGCAAGCCCUAUGCCACCGUACUCAAGAUUUACUGGAUCAGUGACAAUCUGAAGGCAGAUGCACACCUUUAUCUCAGUGUGUCAGAAUGGGACAGGUACAUUUGUUGAGCCAUGAAUUUCAUGAGCAUGGCUGAGAAGGCAUUUUGGUCAUAUGCUCACAGUCCUCCAGAUGCAGAGGGCAUCCAUUGCAGUGGUAGAGCUGUAGUUGUCAAGGUGGUAGCAGAGGUGGCAUUUUCCUUGAAGCCUGCCUGA